AUGGAAUUUCUUCCGGAAGUCGACGAGGAACUAGACUAUAAUGAGGAAGAGCUUCCCACCAUAUCCAAUCGCGACUCAAGCAAUCACAGGAAAGCUAACUUGGGCACUCGUAAAUUCCAUAAUCGUAGCCCUCAUUUUGUCUCACCACGGGAAGAAGGCGAGGAGUACUCAGACGAUGAUCUUGAAGAACCUACCACUUCUCACACAUCUAAGUCGAAGAGAGUCCAUGCUGGCGUCAAACGUCGUGGUUCGCGUGAUCGUGAAGAAGGUGAAGCGUCUAGUGACGAUGAUCAACGCCGCUUCAGCGGAUCCGACUUUGCAGCAGGAAAAGAAACGACGAGGGACAAAAGAGGCACCACAAAACUUAUUUUAGACGAAGCUGAGUAUCGACAUCGCUUACACGAACGCCACGAACGCCGCAAACGAGAACGUGUUCUCUCAAACGCACCUAACGCAGACCUCAAGCAAGGCUCAUUUAUUCGUGAAAGUCAUUCGGAGUUUUUGCAGCCCCGCUCUAAGUUCGAGUCUAGCUCAAGUAGCGAUCAAAAUAAUGCACAUUCUGACGAGGCGCCAUUGGAAAAUAAACUCCAGUCUGAAAAAGCUGCGAGUGUCUCCUCUCAGCGCGACGUUCCAGAAUUGGCUCACAGACGGUCCCGUCAUAAACGAUCAAGCAGAGAUGAGUCUGGGUCGGUUUCGCAUUCAAACACGCGUUCCGAUGGUGUUUCCCGAUCCUACUCUUCUUCCUAUCUGCUAUAUGAGCAGGUCAUGGAGGCGGUCACACAUUAUCAACCGGAUUCAGGAUCGACAAAAGAGGGUCGGAAAUCGAAGGCGAAGAAAUCGAAACGUGACCGUCACGAGAAAUUGAGGGAAGAUUCCAAAAAAGCUUCAAAAACUCAUAAAGCCAAGUCAUCGGUUCAAAUUGAUUAUGUUGAUUGGGAAUCUUACGUGUAUGGCCAGUCCAUGGGCAAACGGAAUCGCUCUCCGAAUCCUGUUUUGACAACUAGUCCCAAAUCGAGCCGCACGUCGUCGAGCUCGUCUUCCUCGUCUUCACCAAUUGCACGCAGAUCAACAUCUGUUAAAAGCUUUCAUGACUCUUCGGCAUCUCAUAAGCAUUCAACUCAAUUUGAAUCGCAGCCUAGCCACUCACGGCACAAACACAGACACAAAUACCGUCGCGAGGUUAGGGAGAGCGCCCCUCCGCCGGAACCACUUCGCCCCCAAAUAUCAGAGCUCGAAUUGUCGAGAAGUUCCAAAGCCGAAAAGCAUAGGCUGAAGGAGUCCACUACUACCUUCGCUUAUCCUUUCAAGCGCAGCCGAAGCUCCAGGGACAGUAAAGAGCCCAGAUCUAGAUCUCAGCCACAGGGUUCUUCAGAGCCCAAGCCUCGUGAGCACCAUUCUAGUGAUGCUACCACCACUGUAACCGAUGAAUCGGCAGCACUUAAACUACGUCUAUCAGGUCUGUCUUCACGCAACCCAUACAGGGAAGAAUCUGCGAGUGACCUUUCAGACGACCAUUCAUUAGAAGAACAAGUCGAUGAAACUGCCCCCGAUAAGACAAUCACCGACAUUGUAUCCAAUACACAUGAGAAUCCGGUUAUAAAGCACGAGACAAAAACCGAUCGACUCAAACAUUAUCGUCUUUAUUCUGAAUCAGAGGCAUCAGAUGAGCACGACAAUUCUGACGACCGCAGUGAUGGCAAGUCGGAAAGAAAGAGUGAAGACGAGCUUUCGAGUGCUUUUAACUCAGCAGAUAAGCCGACUUCACAAGAAUCCGGCGAGUCACGUAGCCUUCGUGCUCCCAGCAAGCCGUUCUACUUUCCUUCUAUUCAAGGCUGCCGUUCAGUGGAAGAGUUCGAAUGCCUGAACCGAAUUGAAGAAGGCACUUACGGUGUGGUGUAUCGUGCACGCGAUAAAAAGAUAAAUGAAAUAGUCGCAUUGAAGCGAUUAAAGAUGGAGAAGGAGCGCGAUGGGUUCCCCAUCACUUCCCUGCGUGAGAUCAACACGUUGAUGAAAGCACAACACGAGAACAUCGUGACCGUCCGCGAAGUUGUCGUUGGUAGCAAUAUGGAUAAAAUUUACCUAGUCAUGGAUUACGUAGAACACGACCUGAAGUCACUUAUGGAGAUAAUGAAUGGCCCGUUCAGUGUUGGAGAGGUCAAAUGUUUGCUUCUACAACUUCUACGCGCAGUCCGUCACCUCCAUGAUAAUUGGAUUCUUCACCGAGAUUUAAAAACUUCUAAUCUUCUUCUCAGCCACCAGGGUAUACUUAAAGUCGGUGACUUUGGAUUGGCUCGUGAAUACGGGUCUCCGUUGAAACACUACACCGAGGUGGUCGUCACGUUGUGGUAUCGCGCCCCAGAACUGCUAUUGGGUGUCAAGCAGUACACCUGUCCUAUCGACCUGUGGUCUGUGGGCUGCAUUUUCGCAGAGUUUUUGUUGCAGCGUCCUUUAUUCCCCGGCAAAGGAGAAGUGGAUGAGCUCAACAUUAUAUUCCGGGAUUUGGGCACGCCGACCGAGCGCAUCUGGCCCGGAGUCUCUCAACUACCGGGGAUGAAGAAGUGCAUUUUUACAGAGUAUCCAUACAACCAGCUGCGGCGUCGGUUCACGGAGAAGCAAAUUUCUGACCAGGGCUUCGAUCUUCUCAACAGUUUCCUUACAUAUUGUCCAGAAAAGCGCAUAACAGCGGAAAAAGCGCUCACUCAUGCCUACUUCAACGAGCGGCCUCGUGCAAUCCAUCCAUCUAUGUUCCCAAGCUGGCCGGCAAAGUCUGAAGGCAAUGUAGCAGUUCGUCGGAUGGCAUCUCCUCGUCCUCCUGCUGGAGGGGGAGCCUUGGCCGCUGCGGCAGCUGCAGUUGCUGCAGCUGCUGCGGCCUCAGGCAAUGGCCGAGUCCGCUACCAGCCGCCCGCUCCCCCAAUGGGUGGCCAAGGAUUUUACAGCAGUAUGGGUGGCGAUUCGAAGCAGAAAAAUAGCAUUGGAUCAGGUGAUUUAAUCUCUGGAGGCCAAGACAAAGGAUUUUUACUGCGAUUCUAA